AUGCAGCAGCCAGAGAGCCAGCAGCCCACCCUGCAGCCCACCCAGCAGACCGCCACGGAGAUCGUGGACGCUUCUGUCCAGUACCAGCGGCGGAGGAAAACGGCUCUGUGGGUGACUGUGUCUCUGCUGGCACUGGCUCUCCUGGUGUUCGCCAUCGGUCUGAUCUCGGCCACUCGCACUGACAACGUGCCCGUAGCUGGAUAUUAUCCCGGCAUCACUCUGAGUUUUGGGGCAUUUCUGGGCAUUGUCGGCAUCCACCUGGUGGAAAACCGAAGGCCCAUGCUUGUGGCUUCAAUCAUCGUCAUCAGUAUCGGAGUUGCAGCGUCUUUCUUCUGCGCCAUCGCGGACGGGAUCAUCGCUUCAGAGUUCAUCGACAUAAGGCCCUUAGAGGAGGACAUGUGUGAUUUCUAUGCCAGUGGAUCGGGCUACGCAUACGACAGCUACUACACCGAGGUGACAUGCCGCACGUUUGAUAAGGCCUGCAAGCUGAAACUGAGGAGCAACACGUGCUACUGCUGCUACCUGUACAACUGUGAGAGCAUCGACUACCACACGCAGUACUACGAGUUCACCGGGGUCAGCAGCUGCUGGGACGUGAUCCACCUGCACCGCCUGCUGUGGACCUGCGUGGCGCUCAACGUCGUCAACCUCUUCCUCGGCAUCAUCGCCGCCGCCAUCCUCGGGGCGUACAAGGACCUGCAGAAGCCCACUCCUCAGACGGCAACCAGCCCAACUCCUCCUCCACACAUCGUGUACAACCCCAGCACCCAGCACAUGAUCACCUACGCCGGCUUCUGCCCCUCCGGACAGGCUCUGCCCACUUACCCCAACUAUCCCAUGGCCAUGCAGCAUAACAGCAACUACCAGGCACCUGCUACUCCCCAGAUGCUCCCCGAGGGCGGCCCUGCUCCCGCCUCCUGCCCGUCUGACGAGAGCCAGACCCAGCACCCGUCCCAGGGUCCCACCCAGCCGCAGCCCCAGGGAACCGCCCAGGACCCGGGGGGAUACAUGCUGGGUCCCAACGCUCCCUCCCUCUACGGACCCUACAGCCCCUUCGAGAAGCCUCCGCCCUACGCCUGCUGAACGCACAC